GUAAGAAUGACCCAUAUAUAUAUAUUAAUGUUUCUUCUAAUUAUUUCAUUUCAGACAAGUACUGGAUAAUAAGUAUCAGUUAAAAAGAUGGCAAAUAGGGGAAAUUGCAUCAAAAAUUGGACAACUAUACUAUCAUUACUACCUAAGAACUAGUGAAACUAAUUAUCUGAAUGAGACUUUUUCUUUUUAUGCUGCUAUAAGAGCCAGGGGCUAUUAUAGCAAAGCUAGUAAAGAAGAAAGGUCUGAUUUGAUGGUUAAGAAGCUGCGUUAUUACGCCAGAUUUAUUGUUGUCUGUUUGCUGUUGAAGAAGAUGAAAUUAGUACGGGAGUUGGUGAGAGAGCUAGCUAAGCAAAUUGAUGACUAUACAUCAACCUAUGAGCCUGAAGAUCAGCUAGAAUGGUCUUUAGUUCUUGGAGAAAUUAAGUCAUUUAUUGAGGCUGACAAUCUUGUCAAUAUUGUGGAUGUCAACUCGGCACCAGUUGUGCUCUCUCAUCGCUUAAAUCCUUUAAAUAGUCCACCCAUGGAAAAAUUGGCCACCAAUCAUUUGACGCUUCAAGAGAUACUUAUAAUGGGAAAUUGCUGUGAUCAGGUCAAAUUUAGUGAACUUACUUUAGAUAUGUUUCGUAUGUUGCAAACUUUAGAAAGAGAACCUCAAGAAGAAGCUACUCAGCUGUUUGAUGCUCCUCCUGCUCCUGGGAGAAUACCAUUUACUCAAGAUAAUGGAGAUCAAAGGCCUGCCAAGCGAGAAAAUCCUCACAAGUAUCUACUGUAUAAACCAAACAUCAGCCAACUUAUAGUUUUUCUUAGUUCUGGAUUCAAGGAACUCCCUCCUAAUGGAGUACUUCUAUUGUAUAUGUCGGCAGAUGGUUGCUUUACUAAUGUAAAACACCCCGAUGAUGGUUAUGAUUAUGGUGGAAUAGCUACAAAUAGUAAAAGGGAACCAGAUCAUAUUAGCAAGAGAAAUGUUCAGUUAAAAGAUAUACAUUGCCUUUAUCCUGGUGAUUUAUAUCCUUUAACCAGAAAGCCUCUAUUUCUAAUUGUGGAUAGUGACAACAGUCAUGCCUUUCAGUAUAUUCCACGUUAUUUUGGACAGCCAGUUUUAGUUCUUAUGUCGCCAGAAGAUAUCCCUCCAUCCUUCCAUGAUCAGCAGCACAAAGGAAAUCUCUUCACUCUUUUUCUACAUAGCCCAUUGACUGCUAUUUGCUUUAUCUGCAAUAUAACAGACAUACCUUAUACUUUAUGGGAAAAAGGUCAAAGUCACAUAGAUCGGUUUAUGUCCGAAGCUAGCAGGCUUUUGGUUAAGUGCCGAAAUAUUGAUCCAGCCUUUUUACAGUUUUAUGGAGAUGAUUUUUUGAGAUUGCUGAUAGUACGUUUCAUUUUCUGCCAUGUUGUUUUAAGACUGCACAGACUUUUCAUGAAUAACAACUUUUCACCUAGAUCUCAUCCUCCUUUAUCUGAGCCAGAGAUUUUAGAACAGCCAAUCUUAAAAAAAGCAGUUCUUGAAUUAGUGACUGUCUUAGAUGUUCGCAAUAUGUUCAAUGAUACAGAAGAAACUGACUGACAAGUAGCAAAGUUCAUCCUUGCUUGAGGCUCAACUGUUCACAUUUGUAUUGUCUUGAAUGUGUUCUCAACUUCAUAAUGUUUUUAGUCUUUCCUAUUUAAAGAUAGAUCUGUUUGAAAUAUUUUCAUUUUUCUUUUCGAGUUUCGGGUAGGAAAAGUUUUUUCUAGAUAUGGCUACAUUUUAAAAUGUUAAACUUUUUAUCUAGAAAUAUUCUCAUGAGGCACCUGUAAACUUAUGAAAAAAUAUUCCUGCCUGCUAUUUUAAAAUUCUAUGUGUGCAUUAUGGAUCUGAAAAUUUUAUAUUUUACUGUAUUAUACUUUUUACUUACUUUAUUUAUUUAUUUUCAGAAAUAUCUUUAUUUAGUAUUAGUAUUAAUUUGCAAACAUUUCUCUAAUAAAAACUAAAUACUAUACACAAGAAAUGUCUUUUUUUCUCUUCAAAUUAUUUUAUUAAAUAGAGUAGAAAUAUUUUUUACUUACAAUUAUUUUCUUUAAAAUAUUUGUCAAAAUAGUUAUUUUAACAUUAUUUAGAUUGAUUAUUUUGUAUCUUCUAGUAUUAUGAUUUCUAUAUAUUAUUUAUGUGGAAUUAAAAGUUUUAAUGAUAUAUUGCUUUUUAGAGCCUUACUUGGGAGCAUAUAUGCAUUAAGAGUUUACCAUUAGGAAUUUAAUCAAAUGUAAUGUUUCCAGAAUAUCUGAAUUGAAAUGUGUACUUAAAUUUAUUUAAUUGAACUUUUAAUUUAUCUUCCAAAGAUUAAUCAAGUAGCUUAUAAAAAAUAUAAAGUUUAAAGUUUUGCAGAAAAAGAAUUAAAAAAGCUGCCUGUGAUAAGUAUUCUGUUCAAUUCUAGUCUUUGACUUCAUAUUUUAUGUGCCAUGUAAAAGUAAUUUAUUUAUUCUUCUUAUGAAAUUAUUAUCAGUAUUAUGGUUUUUAAAAAAUAUAUCUUUAAAGAUAAAAAAAAA